AUGUUCGCUGAAUUGAGAAAGCUCGUCCGUUCCAUGAAGAAGCGUCGUAAUGUCAUUCUUGAACUCAAUGAUACCCAAAGUGCCCGAGUAUUAAGAAAGAUGGCUAAAAAACGUGGUCCAACUGAACCAAUUGCUCCAGACUGUGAAUCUACAGUAGUCGACUGUCCAGACUCAACUGAUGUUCCUCUUAUGGCCGAUGUUUUUGGCCAAUCCAACCCUCGCCGGGUCAUCGAUGCCACUGUUUACGAAAAUGCCAACGUCAAUUCUAUGAUGACAUCUGUGAUGAAUUCUAUGGCAUCUGGAGUGUGUUCUGACUGCACUGCUAAUAGUGAUGAUGAAGAUGACCUUGUUGAAGCUACUCUUGGAAGAAUCGAACCAUCAAACUACAAGAAGAACAUGUCUGUGGCCAAGUCUGUUCACAGUUACGCCAUCAGUCCUUCUGAAUUUUGUGAGGAUGAACCCAGUGAAAUAAUGGAAAUGUCACAUCAAGACAGUGAGAAGAUUGUCUCUCAGUUCUUUGGUACUACAAUGACAUCCAUCGAAAGUUCAGUACAAUCGAGUGUGGAAGCCUACAAUGAGUAUAUCAGACUCAAACACACAAUGUAAGUAAUUUAAUUUAUAAUUUACAAAAAACAUACUAAUUAUGAUUUGUUAUGGUAACUUAUUUUCAUUUUCAAAUGUUAAUUUAUAUUAUUUUAGUCGAGUAAUCCAAAAGAUGUCUCAAAAUGGCGCCGCUCAAGCUGGAACUCAAGCUGAUAUGAUUAAAAUGUACCUGAAGGGUCUGAUUACUUGUCUAGAAGAUAGCAUCAAGAAACUAGAACAAGAGUACCCAAAACUGCACGAUUAUACUCACAAGAAGCACAAGAAGUUCCAUUCCAAACUUCAGAAGGUCGACGAGACUGAAGAAGUCUUCGAAGUUCAGAUUUGA